AGAAAAGUUUGUAUUGAUAUUCGGAAGGGAAUCCCAGAAGAACAAUCCGACAAAUAUCACAAUCAUCGGUGGUGAAAACGAAGGUCAGAAGGAGCUCCUUUUCCAGCUGAAAAUCUGGGCAGCUAAUGAAUACGCAGUCCAGAAGAGGUCCCCAAGGGGAGUCGCAGUAUCCCAGAGUUAUCGCCCCUUCAGCCCAGCAGCGAUUUGACAUACCAGCUGCUGCCGCUGAGAACCUGGCUCAGCUGCCGUUUCCCAUGCACAAUUUCCCGACAACACAGUCACAUGUUCAUUCAUCCGCGAUGCAUCCCCAGCCUAAUCCAGCCUUGCCAGGUCACCACGGUCCACCGACUGGUCAGCAGGGAUCGUCUCAGCCUUCUCUCCAGCAAGGACCCCCUCCACAGGCCCACUCUGCCACAGCCCAGGGACAACAGCAGCAGUUCCAGCGACUGAAGGUGGAGGAUGCUCUCUCCUAUCUCGAUCAGGUCAAGUUACAAUUUGGGAACCAGCCUCAGGUCUAUAAUGACUUCUUGGACAUCAUGAAGGAGUUCAAGUCGCAAACAAUUGACACCCCAGGAGUCAUAAAUCGGGUCUCCAAUCUGUUCAAGGGACACCCCGACCUAAUUGUGGGCUUCAACACCUUCCUCCCGCCAGGGUACAAGAUCGAGGUCCAGGCGAACGAGAUCAGCGUGCAUCAGCCAGGUCAACAGACGCUCUGUAUCCCUACAAAUACACCGAUCAUGUUGCCAUCAGCAACGCCAAUGCCGGGACAUAAAUUGGACAUGUUUUCCAUGCCGCAGAAAACGACCCCGCCCCCUGCGCACAUGCCUACUACCCCCAGCCAUGGAUCAUCACACCAUUCUUACCAUCAGUCACCCCACCGCGGGGGAUCAGAUCAGCUAGCAUCCACAAACCAGAGUCAUCAACCACAGCCCCAACAACCUCAGGCAGGGCAGCCUGUCGAAUUCAACCACGCCAUCAACUAUGUCAACAAAAUCAAGAAUCGAUUUCAAGGACAGCCGGAAAUUUAUAAAGCCUUUCUGGAGAUCCUGCACACGUACCAGAAGGAACAGAGGAAUCUCAAAGAGGGAAUCGUAUCUCCUGGUUGUAAGCCGCUGACUGAGGCCGAGGUCUACUCUCAGGUGGCCAAGCUGUUCCAGAACCAGGAGGACCUACUGGCCGAGUUUGGUCAGUUCCUGCCAGACGCCAACGGGUCGUCGUACGGGGGAUACCUGAACAUGUUACAGGGGGACACCUCCUCCCUCGGGGUCAGAAACGACCACUCCUCCACCGUCAAAAAACCAUCACUGGGCAACAAAAGUCAGCUGGGGAAAAGUGGAAAUCAACACAGACGACCCUCAGGGGGGCCUCAACCUCCUCAGAAGAAACAGAGAACGGGGACUCUGAAAGACAUUUCUUUAGCAGAAGCUGGUCGAUAUGGGACACUGAACGAGUUCGCAUUCUUUGAUAAAGUAAGGAAGUUUCUGAAACACCCGGAGGUUUACGAGAACUUCCUGCGGUGUCUGGUUCUCUUUAACCAGGAAGUGAUUUCACGGACAGAGCUGGUUCAACUUGUGCAAACUUUCCUCCAGAGGUCCCCAGAGCUGUACAAGUGGUUCAAGGAUUUUCUCGGAUAUAAGGAGUCAGGCGGCACCACUGAAGCCAUACCCCAGGGAGCCCUAGGGAAGGAGAGAGUCGGUGGAGAGCUGGCCAUGGAAAUAGACUAUGCUACCUGUAAGAGAUAUGGAGCCAGCUACAGAGCACUACCGAAGUCCUACCCCCAGCCAAAGUGUUCAGGCCGCAGCCCGCUGUGUAGAGAGGUGUUGAACGACACCUGGGUAUCCUUCCCGUCUUGGUCAGAAGACUCCACGUUUGUGACGUCACGGAAAACACAGUAUGAAGAACACAUCUACCGAUGUGAAGAUGAAAGGUUUGAGCUUGACGUCGUCAUAGAAACAAACCUGGGUACAAUCCGUUGCUUGGAGGCAGUGCAGAAAAAAAUGGGUCGCAUGUCCUCCGAGGAAGCGGCUAAAUUUCGACUGGACAACUCGCUAGGGGGGUCAUCUGAUGUACUUCAGAGAAAAGCCAUACAGAGAAUUUAUGGAGACAAAGCUCCAGACAUUAUCGAUGGUCUUAAAAAGAACCCUGUUGUGGCAGUUCCAUUAGUGCUAAGGAGACAGCGAUCAGAACAGGAAACAGAGAGUGCUGAAGCGUUUAACCCUCACCUGAGUUAUAUAUACAAGGACAGAUCAAUCGUAGAGGAUUCAGCAUCGCUAGUACUCCAUCACAUGAAGCGACAAGCUGGAAUCCAUAAGGAAGAUAAACACAGGAUCAAGCUGUUGCUACGACAACUGAUACCAGAUCUGUUCUUUUGUCCACGACAGGAAAUGAGCGACGACGAGGAGGAAGAUGAAAUGGAAACUGAUGAGGCAGAUAAGGAAGCACCAAAAUCAGAAGAAAAGAAGGAACCGGAAAAGGACAAAACUUCAAGUUCAGGGAGAAAUAAUAAGGACAGUGAAAUGGCCACUCAGCCAAUCAAGGAAGAGAAAAUGGAAACAGAAAUUAAGAUGGAAGAAGAGGAAGAAAGCAAAUCUGCAGAUUCCGCUGUCAUCAACGGGAACCAAGACGAAAACACGAAUGAUGAAGAUAUUGAAGACGACGAUGUGUACUCGCUGUUCUUUGUCAACAAUAACUGGUAUCUGUUUUUUCGCCUCCAUCAAAUCCUCUGUGAACGUCUGUACAAAAUUUACACGUAUUCUGUUAAAAUUGCUGCCGAGGAGGCCCAGUGUCGGAAAGACAGAAAAGAAUCCACUGCCAUCGCUCUACGUCUGAAGGCCCCAAGUGAGAUUGAGGCCGAGGAGUAUUACCCAUACUUCCUGGAGAUGGUGAAGAGCUUGCUGGAUGGGAACCUGGAAUCCACGCAGUACGAGGACCAGCUAAGAGAAAUGUACGGCAUUCAUGCCUACAUUGCCUUCACGAUGGAGAAACUCGUUCAGAAUCUUGUCAGACAAUUGCAGCACAUUGUCCAGGACGAGUCGUGUGUGCGGAUCACUACACUCUUCCAGGAAGAACGCAAGAACGGCGCCACAGGUGGUCGAGUCGCCACCGUCCAUCAGCGGUCAGCGAAGGAGAACGUCUACCAGAAGAGGGCGGAGCAAAGCCUCAGUGAAGAAAACUGUUUUAAAGUCGUCCUGUUCAAGAAGGAGUGUAAGUUGACCUUUGAACUCAUGGACACUGACCACGAGCAGUCUGACGACCCAAUAGAAGUGGAGCGUUGGUCCGAGUACGUGGAGAAGUACGUCUCCAAGGACGACACCGUAUCCGAUGACCUCAAGGAACACCUGAACCGCAAACCGGUCUUCUUACCCAGAAAUGUGCGACAAUGGCGUCUACACCAGAAGAAUCAGAAAUCGCGGUCGGAUACGGAAACGGAAGAAAUUCCUGGGUCACCCAAACAAUCCACAGAAGACAUGGAUAUUCUGGACAACACGGAGUGUAAAUUUAACGUCAACUCGUUUAAAAUCGUGUAUGUCGUCAACAGCGAGUACUACCUGUACAAACGGACGGCACUCACAAAGGCCAGGGAGUCUCACAAGAGAGUGUCCGUGAAGCUUCAUGACAAAUUCUCCACAUGGAUCAGUCGCUGGCGUCAGGAAAAUCUGACGGAAGAGCAGAAAAAGAGGUGCGAGAGGUGGCUGAUGGGAGACGGGGAUGAUCUCGUGGCGUGUACCACCACGCUGGAGCAGUGCGGCGCAGAGGAUACCACACCUUACUUCCCCUACAAUAAGUACCGCGUGGAGUACGAAUACGAGACCAAGAGUGAGGCAGGGGAACCAGAACCAGCUAAAGAGGCCACCAGUUAAAGCUUUUGUGGUACACUGUUUGUAAAAGUUACUUGUGAAAAUUACACAAUGCAAGACGGUUACACAAAAUUUGAUGUGUAAUGGUUCUUCGUCCUCGUGCGAUUAACCGACGUUUGUCAUCGUUCGCGGCAGGAUAUUUUAUUCUUUUUAUGAGAACCAAUGAAUGAAUUUUCACCUCACUUUGAACAGGGGGAGGGGGGUGGGGGACAUGUGUACAGACCUGUAGGUCUAAGUUCACAUUGACUUGUGUACCAAAGUUUGGUGAUCAUAAUGAAAAAGAAAUAUUUUUUAAGCGAGAUUUAAUAUAUGGCCCGGAGUUGAAAUUGUACAUAGAGGCGUGUGACGUACCUGGACUUCUGGUUCUGUGAGUGUUUACAAGCGACCAGCAUUGUCUGUGUUACAGAUUGUACAUAGAGGCGUGUGACAUACCUGGACUUCUGGUUCUGUGAGUAUUUACAAGCGACCAGCGUUGUCUGUGUUACAGAUGUUAAAAUGUGUAACUCCUGUUAUUCGUGUUCUGAUUAAAAUCUGUAUUUGUAUAUUACAUUAGCUUUUGACUAUUUUAUUACAUUAUUUAUGUAAUACUUUUAUAACAUGUACAUUAGCUAUGUAAUAUUUUGAUCACUCAGUCUUGCAUUUGUCGAGUCUCAGAAUUAGGUUGGAGAUGUUGUAUAUAUUUAUAUAUGUGUUUCCCCGACUCUCACUAGUAAAUGAUAUUUUUUAUUAAGAAGUAUAAAUAGGUUCACUCUAUACUGUGUACUGUAAGUAAUGGCAAGUCCUGCCCUCCAUUUCAGAUUCACCUCUACUGCCAUAUAAAUUAGCUUCAGGCACAUUUCCAUUUUUCACUCAUGCUUUGUCUCAUUUGCUAUCCUUUAUUUAUUGUUUGUCAUGGUCUCAAUUAAAUAAGAAAUUUCAAGUGACAUUUUGGCAAGAAACCUUGUCUAUGUACGUUUCGUAAAAAUAUGGAUGUUUAUUUACAUUGCGUAACAAUAUAAAUAUAUAUGUUGCAUAACAGUAUGAAUAUUUAUAUACGUUACGUAACAAUAUGAAUAUUAAUAUACAUUACAUAACAAUAUAAAUAUUCAUAAAUGUUACGUAACAAUAUGAAUAUUUAUAUAUAUGAAUAUAUACGUUACGUAACAAUAUGAAUAUUUAUAUACAUUACGUAACAAUAUGAAUGUCUAUGCGUGGAGAGAUGACUCGCCUCAUGAUUGCUGUAUAUAGAUACAUAUGUCAUUGUAAAUAUUCACGGACUUGGAGUAGCAGGCGUUGACAUUUUUGUUACACAUGACAUUGUAAUUCGUGUGCAGAUAUUGUCUGAUAAUAUUAUCAGAUGUUGCCUUGUUUACCAGUCGUUACAUUGUGUAUGUUUAGCGUAGAAGAAGUGUAAUAAAUAUAUAAAGUACAA